CCUACCGCCUGCCGACAGGGACCCUCUGCGGCCACCUGCAACGCCUCCUGCUGAGUGUAGGUGCAGGAACACGUCUGAGUUAGAUUAGGCUGCAAGCUGGGGAAAGAAGGGAAAUCCGCUACCCCCAGGCUCACCGAAGUCUCCAAGAGCAAAGAGAAAUAAGUGGUUAUUAUUGGACCAUCCUUGGGGUUUCCUGUCCUGUGUUUGUGGAAGUCAGAGAUCACAAAGGCUGGCUCCAAAGCGGGAGGUCGCCCGUUGUGUGUUUUGUUUGGCCUGCUGUAGCGUUUUAAGUAUUUGAAAAUGCAUUCCGAAGUGUUUGGAAUCGCGUUUGUUUAGCCCCCACUCCUCUCUCUCAAUCUCUCGUUAACCGAAUUUGAAUUCGCUGCCAACAUUUAAACCAGGAAAGUUUGCCUGAUAAUCCAGAUUUUUGGCUUCUCGUGGGGAACUGGAAGGGCCGACUGCACUGGGCCUGCCUCUGGCAUUCCACCAGCCUGGCCCAGGCACCUGCCCUUCCUAGACAGGCUCACCUGCCCCUGUCAUCUGGUCACAUGCUAUCCACCAGCCUGGCUCUGCCAGCAGCUGUCUGUGGACCAUCUGCCGUGCUCCCUCUAGUGUCAUCCUAUGUGAUAAGAGGUGACUGGUGUUUGUGGGUUUUGAGCCCCACCCUGUCAACUCCGUUGUUCUCUGUGGGUUCUUUUCCACCUGUUCUCAGAGCAGCUCAGUGAGCCCUGGGAGAGGGUUGGGAGCCAGAGGAUUGGCAAGGCCCUGGGGCCAGGAGUCAGAAAACCUGAUUCUGGCCUUUCCUUGGUCACUGGCUCACAGUGUGUCCUUGGGCCUGGCCUACCCUUAGUGGGCCUCAGUGCCUCACUCGUCAUGGGAGAGCCUGGGCUAUCUCAGGAAGCACCAUGGGGCCAGGCAGGUGGCAUCAGGGGUGCAGUGGGCCUGGGAGAGUGUGGCGAGCUGGGGCCAGUGCCUUAUCUAACGGAGGCAGCUGCUGCUCAGCCCCAGCUACUGCGUGCCAGGCACAAUUGGCUCAUGUUGCCAGUGUGACAUUUCAAGAGAUAGAAGAUGUUCAGAUAUUUACGUGAAAUCUCUUACUUUUUUUGUUGUUUACGGUUUUUAAUCACAAUUUAAAUGUGUAAAACUACUGCCAGAGCCAAACGAAACACACUGGUGGGCCCCUCGUUGGCAGCCCUGGCAUCAGAUAAUUGCUAGGCUCUUUGCACCCCACACUCCAGGACUCACUCCUGCUCACAGAGCAAGUUAUUGAGGAGUUGGUCUUAGAUUCCAGGUUUUCAGGUCUAAGACUCUAUUGUGAGUCAUGAGAACUGAUUUUAAAAGUCCUGGCCCCUCCAUUGCUGGCGGGCAGGGAGACAGCAGGAAGAGGACCCGAGUUCAGGCCAGCUCCAUCGUUUCCCGCUGUGUGACCUUAGCCUGUCGCCUCUGUGGGCCUCACUGUUUAGCAGCGCCCAGCCCCCGCCCAUGUUCCCCUCCCCAGGCCUGGGUCCAGACGAUUUGCCUCUGAGCUUCUGUCCCAUUCCUGUUGCAGGAGCCAUGAGCACGGAGGGCCCCAGUGCCCUCACAACUGGCACCCCGGGGAGCCCUGUGGAGGCAGCGGCCCCCCUGCCCGUGCUCAUUGCCUUGGCCUGCAUCUUCCUCCUGCUGGCCUCCUGUCUGCUGUUCAUGACCCUCUGCAAGCCGGCUGCACUGGACCCCAGCCGCCAGGCUCGAGAGCGCAUGCCCCACCAUCCCGGGAGCCCCAGCGAGCCCCAGCUCCGGCUCUGGACGCGCCUGGGCUCCCUGCGCCGCUCCCUGCACAGCUUCCGGCGUGGCCGGCCCGCACCGCCACGCUCCCUGCCGGACCACGAUAACAGCCAUGGCUGGGACUGCACGGAAUCUACCAAGAUAUGACAGGCUGCCCGCCGCCACCCAGGAUCUAGCCUCGGACCCUCCUCCCUCGGACACAGCCUGGCACCACAGGCUGCAGGAAGACAGCGGCCCCGACACCCUGUGUGCCUAGGCCCAAGGCCUUUCCCAGGAAGCCCUGGGAGAACACCUUCCUCUCUGCAGACCCUCCCGCCGCUGCCUGCUGAGACUGCUGGCUGGUGUGGGAAGCGGCAGCCUGGACCCUGGGCUGAGGCUCUGGAGACAACAACUGGCCCCCAGGGUUCCUCUCUGGCAACCAGGCACCAAGCGCCUCCAGGGAGCAGGGCCUGAUUCCCAGCAGAAGGCAUGCCCUCCCUCCACUGCCAAACCCAGCUCAGAUUUCAGUGCAAAUUGUGGAAUGGCUGACGGUUCCCUCCAGCCAAGUCUAAACUGUUGACAAGGUCCUGUUCUGCCCUGGGGCCCACUCAGGGCCCAAGGCAGAGGGGAACCCAGAGACUCCUCUCGCCUUUCCUGGGCCCUGUCAGCAUUGCCCAGCAAUCCCUAGCAAUCCCUGGGAGCAGCUGCACCCUGUGGUAGACCAGAUGCCUGGGUGCCUGCGGGGAGGGUAGGGGGAAGGGCAAGUGAGGCUCCCAAUACUGACCAGCCAAUUGCGACCCUGGCUGCUCCCCUUCAACGCACCCAUGUAGUGGGAUGGACCAGGAAGGGGCCGAGAAUGGGUUAACCCAGCGGUUCUCAACCUGUGGGUCGCAACCCCUUUGGCAGUCGAAUGACCCUUUCACAGGGGUCGCCUAAGACCAUCCUGCAUAUCAGAUAUUUACAUUAUGAUUCAUAGCAGUAGCAACAUUACAGUUAUGAAGUAGCAACGAAAAUAAUUUUAGGGUUGGGUCACAACAUCAGGAACUGUAUUUAAAGGGCCAGAAGGUUGAGAACCACUGGGUUAACCCUUCCUCCAGAAGCCAGGCCGGUGCUGUGUCAGAGUGGCAGGAGGCACUGCCAGCCGGCACUGCCAGCCACUGAAGGUGAUGCCACCUGGGCUCUGUGGACACAGCAUAGUGGCUCCGUGCCUCACCCAGGGAAGGCGGUGGGAGGGUCCAGACUUCUCCAGGACAGCUAUGGGACUUACAGCCUGGACCACACCGGGGUUCUAUCUUUUGGGUGAUUGCUUCAAUGACUAGCUACCUGUCUAAGCAAUCCCACGGAGGGCAGCUUCUCAGAAUCCCUUACUCUCCCUUCUCCUCCCAAAGCCAGGGCUCUGUGCUGUGGUUGGCUCCCACACUUGGAGAACGGGAAGAGGGGGAUCUGAGGGGCCGGCCAGGGUCAUCUCAUGCUUGGCCAUGGGGCUGCCCCUGUCUACCCUGCUAUGACCCACAAUGCAGCUGGCCAGGUCUUCUCAACGAGUGAGCUCUGGUCCCACUCCUCCCAGCUCCCAAACCAUCGCUGCUCCCUAGUGCUGGCUGCACAAAGCCACGCGCCUCCGCCUGGGAGCUCACAGAGGGCGAGACUGCGCCCAGCCCCUCACUGGGCUCCACCCGCUGGGGCACGGAAGAGUGAGGCUGGUUACUGAGUGAAGGGAGGCCCCAUCUGGGUACAUCCACCUGCCCCAAAGCCUAAGGAGUUAUGUUUUCCCUCAGAUGCCCCAGGGAGCUACUCUCUCUGCAAGCAGGCCCCGUGGAGAGGCCCAUGCCCCUUCCUCCAGGUCGGGAUGACGUCCCAGUCCUGCUUGGAUGGGAACUUCCGGGAGAAGCCGGUGCCUGCAUCUCGCCCCGAGGAAGGGGGAGAACUGGGCUGCCCCACAUGCCUGGCAGGUCUCGGACUGGUCUGCGGAGUGUUGUGUAAUAGAAACCAAUCCUUUGGGUUUAGAAAGUGGGGCAGGCCCCCUCCCAACAGGCUGUUACCCCUCCCUCUCCACCCCCUGGGCCUCCCUGAGACAUCCCAGGACGAAUUCCUCCUACAGUCAGUCCCCCAUGCCACCCCCUGGCCAGGUGCCCUGCUUGGCACUGGAGACCCGGGGUGGGGGGUGAGGCUGCCCUGAGGCCUGAGGGAGAAGGAAAGGCCUGGCCAUACCCCAGGGUAGGAGGUUUUCGGGUAGGAGGGGCUCUCCAAGCCCCCAGGAGCAGAUCCAGAGGGAGAGAAUUUCCCUCCUCCUCCGGGAACCAGCCAGGCCCUUGUAAAUCCCCGUGGUUUUCUGGACUCUUGGUGCCUCUGGGCGUCAGCACCCUGCUCCCAGUGCUUUCCUGCCUCCUCCUAGUCCCGAGGCAGGGUGUUGGGCGCAGUCCCAGCCUCCCAAGCCCAGAGCCUGUUGCAGCAGACAGGCCCAGUUUUGCUGUGUUUGGCUCAGCAUCCAAGCUGGAAACGCUUGCAGCGGAUGAAGAGGGUAAUUCAUUCCCAGCCUCCCCGGCCCCCCCCGCCACCCGCCCCCCUGCCCAGCGCAGAGGCCUCUGGGUGCUGGGAGGGCCCGGGCCCCACUUCCACGCCAUCCUCUCCCUCUGCGUCUGCCCCCUUUCUUCUUGUGCCUGGUUGCUUCCCAGGAGAGGAGCUUCAGCCAAGGGCCCAUGAAAGCCACUCUGUUCUGGGCAGUGCUGGGCCCUGGCUCCCUCCUCAACUCCUUUUCGGGAAAAUGCGACAAGGCCAUCUCCUCUCUGCUCUGAAAGGCCCACCUGGGUGGGGUGGGACAAGGCGAGGGCUGUGGGGAGGAGGGAGAAGAGGGGGCCAACGCCUCUUUUCUGUGUUUUGGGGCGGAGCCAGGGCCCUGUCCCUGAUUGCACAGUAACCUGGGGUCCUACUCUGUCCCAGGGAGGAGGGGGCCUGGGUCCCCCUUCCCCACGGCACUGGAUACUCCCGGGCAGCAGCUGGGCCCGCUCCUGUUUCCAUCCCUCCCCGCCAGGAUGCCACUGAGCACGUGCACUCAGACCCGACUGCGGCCCUGCCUGCCCCCAGCCCACCAGCCACCACCUACCUGCACG